AUGUCAGACGAGGUACCAAUUUCACAGCAACAGCAUUAUCCUGACCAUCAGCAAGAACAGCCAGCUUAUGAACAUGGUAAUUCUGAAGAUCAAACCUCUCCAGAUGCCAAUGUUAGUUUGAUAAUACACCCUGAACAAGAUGAAUCAAAUAGAGAAAGAAUUGAAGAAAUGGAAAGGGAAGCAGCCAAAUUAAGAGAGCUCCAUUCUCAAUUAAGCAAUGACACUGCCAUGAGUGGUAUUACUCCACAAACCGAUGAAGAAAAAAGAGAUGUUGACGCUAGAUCUAUUUAUAUCGGUAAUGUAGACUAUGGGUCGACUCCAUUGGAGUUACAACAACAUUUCUCGAGUUGUGGAAUUGUCAAUAGAGUCACAAUUUUGAUGAACAAGCAUACUGGUCAACCUAAGGGGUUUGCGUAUUUAGAAUUUGCUGAUGUGGACGGUGUAAACAAAGCGGUAGCCACUUUGGACGGAUCAAUGUUUAGAGAUCGUCAAUUAAAAGUCAGUGCUAAAAGAACAAAUAUUCCCGGAAUUGGAAUUAAGCGUGGUGCAUUCAGAGGAGGAAGAGGAGGUAGAGGUUCCUUUAGAGGUGCUCCAAGAGGAAGGGGAAGGGGAAGAGGAGCAUUUAGAGGCGGUGCCAGAUUUACCCCGUACUAA